AAACGAUCAAAUGUACGGAGCGAACCGAUGCCCUCUUUUAACCUCUUUUCAUCUCCAGCGCCAUGAAAUCUCUGGAGCAACUGCAACAUUUUUCUCCCUCUUAAUUUAGAGAUUAUUGUUCUUUGUUUCUGUGACUAAACGCCACAGUUAGGAAGCUUUCUCUCUCAUUCCCUCUUAGAUAUUUUCUCUCUACAAGGAAAUAAGGGUCUCUCUCUUCCAGAAUCCAUCUCUCUAGAAAACUCACAAAGUUUGGUCGAAAUCAGAUUUUGAGUAUCUCUCUGAAUUCUCUAUGAUUGAUGGGCCUGUUACUUUCUGUCUCUACAACUUAUCCAAUUAAAAUGCAUACUGGUUAAAAAACAGAACAAUGGGUGGGUCUCACACCCUCUGAUUUUUCUAGCCUUUUUCUUAUCUUCUUUGUUACACCAAGGAAAGGCGUUGCAACCAGAGUUUUCAGUUUUCUCUCUCUACACCGGUCCAGUGUGAACUCCAAGAAUGCCUGCAAAAUGAAAGCAUGGGUCUUUGCCCGAUUUCUCCGCAGCCCCCCAUGAAUUGAAAUGGGCCAACUUUCUCUCUCUAGAAUUAAUUCCAUGUGACGAGCCAUGAUAUCUUCCAAAAACGGAUGAUGGGUGUCUUUCGAAUACCAUUUUGAUGGGCUACCUUUACAUAAAGGUGGAGAAUUUCUGAGGUGAUUACGGAAAUGGAAGGGCAGUAUACCCAGCAGCGUUGUUACAUGAAUGGUGUGAAGCUUUCUAUACCCCCCGAACAAUCUGAUAAUGAUCGAAGCAGUGGAGAAUUGCGAGCGCUUGACUGCAAUGUUGGCUCUCUCUGUGAUCACAUUCGAUCAGAGGGCUUCAAUGCUGGGGCUUUCUCAGAUAUUGUUGUCCAGGCCAUGGGUAUCUCUUACCACCUUCACCGCCUCAUCCUCUCUCGUAGCUCCUAUUUCAGGAACAUGCUUCAAGGUCCUUGGAAAGAGGCAAACGCACCAACAGUCACAUUGCAUAUUGAUGAUGAUAAUGUUAACUCGGAAGCUAUUGCAAUGGCUUUGGCAUACCUUUAUGGGCAUCACCCGAGGCUUAAUGAUAAUAAUGCUUUUCGUGUUCUUGCAGCGGCAUCAUUUCUUGACCUUCAGGAUCUGUGUGCGAUAUGCACGGACUUCAUUAUAUCUGAAUUAUGGACAUCGAAUUUUCUAGCCUAUCAGAUAUUUGCGGAAAGUCAAGAUUACGGGAUACAUGGAGAACGUGUACGAAAUGCUUGUUGGGGCUACCUAUGUCAAAGUGGUACCAUAGAGUUGAAGGAGGUUCUCCCUAAACUUUCUUCUCAAACAUUGCAUGCUCUUCUCACUUCAGAUGAAUUAUGGGUACCCAGUGAAGAGAAAAGAUUUGAGCUGGCAUUAUACGCCCUACUGGCAAAAAGUAUGUUAUUGGAGGCAGAUAAUAGUGAAGAACCAAAUUCAGAAGCGGAAUCUAGUGCUUCUCAGAAUGUUUCUGUUAAGGGGAAGAAUUUGGUCGAUGCAAGUGUUAAUGAACAACUUCUAGAGUCUGGCUUAGGAGGGAUAAGCUUAUGCGAUAAACAAGAAGGGCACAAAGCAGCUCAUAAGAUAUUGGUUGAGCUCGCUGAUUGUGUAGUAGAUUUCAAUGAACCACUGAAAGUGCAGCAAGGGUCAUGCUCCCAGCAAAGUGUAGGUUCAAAAUACGCAAACAACAAAGUUGGGGCGCCCAAUUUACCAAGUAACUUGCAUGGUGGUUUUGAUACAAUCAAGACAUGCAAUGUUUAUGUGGAAAUGCAAGAAAAUAUGGAGGAAAGUAGAAUGAGUAGUAAUGAUGCUUCUAUGGAGGAGGGUCCAUCAGAUGAAAAUAGUUCACCAUACCAUGGAAAUCAUGAUAUCUGGGUUUCUAGGGAUGAAUCAAAAGCGACUUCUUCUAUUGUGUCCCCUUGCAAUGGGGUUAUGCUAAAUGAUUGGGGACGAUGCAAUUUAUCUCCUUCUCCAUCAUGGGGUGGCAGGGUAGUUGGUAGAAGACAGGCACCAAAUUAUGUCAAGGGGAGGCCUAAUAUACACAGUGAGGAGUAUGAUGCAUUUCUUGGCAUCUUUGAAGGGGGAUCCCUUUUAUACUGUAAUAUGUCUUUUGACGCAUUGCUGGAUGUGCGAAGGCAGCUCGAAGAACUGGGUUUCCCUUGCAAAGCUGUGUGCGAUGGUCUUUGGCUUCAGACACUUCUCAGUCAACGGGUGCAAGAUAUAGGUGCUGACACCUGCAAACAUUGCAGCCUAAUGAGCAUUCUAUGUGCAUGUAGACAGCCAUAUGGCUUCUCACAUGGUGGUAGCUCCUCAAGUUAUUACAGGCAUGACCAUGAUCGAAACAAUGGACCCAACAAUAUUGGUAAUCUAUACUUAACUGAUGCCCAAGGUGAAGCAAGUGGGCUAUAUGGACCAGUUCGUGUUCAUGUGAGGGGACCAGUUGAUGGAUUAGCUGGUAUAGGAAGAGGAACAACAUUGGUUCCAGCUCCAGCUUGGCCUCCAACACGUUUUGUAUUUUCUCGAGUCCCUUUCGGGCUCGGCAAUAGGAGUUGCCAACAGUCACAUGCUAAUGAUGAAUCAGAUGGAAGGGUUGAUUUGAAUGGCGGAGAUGCCUCUGGUGAUGGAUUGACGGCCCUUGUUGGGUUAAGCCAAGGUAGCAAUUGCGUCCCUGUUAUUCCAGGCCAAUCAGGGAGGUUGUAUGAGCAAAGUUUGCAGUCUAGAACAACAGGAAUUCCAGCUUCAGUUGCAAGUACUAGUGGCAUUUCGAUGCAGACUGUGGAGCAACGGAAACAUGGCGUUGGGUUAGAAUGGGAAAAUGUGGAAGGUUCCACAAUCUUCUUGGACUCAAGGACCCCAUUGCGAAGCUUUCCUCCCUUUCGCUUUGGGGUGGAAUUUGAGGACGUGCACAGGCUUAGUGAUGGACAAGUCAAGCAUUCCCCAGAAGUAUUUUAUGCAGGUUCUCUGUGGAAGGUUAGCGCUCAGGCAUUUAGUGAUGAAGACCCCCAAGGACGCCGGACAAUUGGAUUAUUUCUCCAUCGACGCAAGGCAGAGGCAAUAGAUCAUCAAAGAAAAGUUUAUCCCUAUGUAGAUAUUAGAGAAAAGGUUAAAGCUCGUUAUCAGUUGAUUUGUCCAUCAAAGAGAGAAGUCAUGGUGUUUGCAAGUGUUCAGGAAGGUACUCUAUUACCUAAGGCGCCCAAGGGUUGGGGUUGGCGAAGAGCUUUGCUCUUUGAUGAACUUGCUGAUCUCGUUCAAGCAGGAGCAUUAAGAGUAGCUGCAGUUGUUCAGCUUGUUUGAGAUUAGUGGAGUAACAUUCUAGCAUCUCAUGUAACUAUAAGUGGGAUUAUACCAGUGUAUCAUAUCUCUAUGCAUAGAGCAUCUUACUCUAUUCUUUAUCCAUUUGAGAAGAAGAUUAGUGUAUAUGGAUCUCUUUUCCUGGGAAAAGAAUUCGGUAAUCGUAUGGAACAUGGAAAACCAUGAUCCAUUGAGGGCAUGAUCGCUGUCCAAUGAGAGUAUAGACAGCGAUAGAGUGAGAGCAGGACUUGCAUUUGGAGUUGUCAUGUUCUAUUGGGUCCUACUAUCUCUGUUACUGUCUUAUUGUUUCAAUGGACAGUGAUGACCACCAUGGACUAUGAUUUUCCAUAAUCUGCUGGAUUAUAGUAUAUAUUCCCUAUUUUUCAAGUGGUUUUAAAUUGGAGCUUGGAAAUCCUGUCACGGUACAUUCUGGUCUGGUUGAAAAUAAUUGUAAUAUCGAGGAUUCAUUUCAAAAUUCAUAACCCCUUGAAUAAUCAUGUUUACUCAGUGGAGAGGCAGUGUAAUCUUUCCAUCCUUGUAAUGAAUUUUAUAGUUGAAAUAAACCAGAUGCGUGCGUGUGUUAUGUUUCU